GAGGGCGGGAAUGGGAGCUAGGAGCCCUAAUCCGCUUGACGAUGGCGCGGAGGAGCGCGCAGCGGCGCUAGUGUGAGUUUCUUGUUGAUAUUUCGGCCUCUCCUCCAUCCAUGGGGCCUUUGUCAUCUGGAACGAGGAGCGGCAGCCGGAUGAAGAACGCAAGGAAAGGGUUGCCGCAAUCGGGGCCAGGUAGCUCGUUUGGCUCUCCAGCGCCUAGCACUUGUAGAUACGACAGCUCUCUAGGACUAUUGACAAAGAAGUUUAUCAAUCUGAUCGAUCAAGCGGAGGAUGGCGUUCUCGAUCUCAACAAUGCCGCGGACACCUUACAUGUCCAAAAGCGGAGGAUAUAUGAUAUCACGAAUGUGCUCGAAGGGAUUGGCCUGAUUGAGAAGAAGCUAAAGAACAGAAUAAGAUGGAAGGGACUGGGGCUGUCCGUGGCAGACUCGGAUAGUACUGGUCUUUUAUCGAGUCUUCAGAGUGAAGUUGAUGACCUCCAUGCUCAAGAAGAGAGUCUGGACGAGAAAAUAAGGGCGAUGAGAGAAAAACUGAAAACCAUGUGUGAGGACGUGAGCAACCAGCAAUGGCUCUAUGUUACUGAAGACGAUAUAAAGGGACUUCCUUGCUUCCAGAACGAAACUUUGAUCGCAAUAAAAGCACCCCAAGGGACAACAUUAGAGGUUCCUGAUCCCGACGAGGCCGUGGAGUAUCCUCAAAGAAGGUACCAAAUACUUUUGCGAAGUGCGUUUGGGCCGAUUGAUGUCUAUCUCGUGAGCAGUCACUACGGCGAGACAAACGAAUCAAUCGACAUCACGUUGCAACACGGUUCUGAGAACUCCGUGGUACUACGAAGCUCCCAAAGCUCGUCUCCUCCGCAGCCGCAGGAAGAAGCACCGUCCGGUACAGAGAAAUCCACUGGAGUUUCUGGCGAUGGUGGUGGCAUCAUGAAGAUUUUGCCAACUGAAGUGGAGGGUGAAACGGACUACUGGCUUGUCUCUGACGGCGCUGGCGCUGGAAUCACAGAGCUGUGGGCUGAAGAUUCUUGUUGGGACUCACUCGAAGACGAAGAACAAGCUCAAGCAGUGGCUCCACUAUAAUGAUAAGUUGUAUGUACACCAAAUUUUCAUUCUUUUUUCCUAUAUAGCAUUGGCGUUUAAGUUUCUCUAACAA